AUGUCGGUAGCGAAAAAAUUUCCUACAUUCGGAUGGCCACUGGCGGUUUCGCUGUUACUGCAUCUCGGUGUUGGGAGCGGCGCUAUAGUAACCGACCACGAUCGAGUUGUAACGUGCUACAUCUCUACCUGGGCCGUCUACCGUACCGGCACAGCGUCCUACAGCCUGGACGCGUUCGACCCGACGCUCUGCACACACGCCAUCUACGCCUUCGCCGGCUUGGACGAGCAGAGAAAUGCCAUCAAAUCACUGGAUGCAUGGCAGGAUCUCAAAGAUAACUAUGGCAAGGGAGGCUACGAGAGGUUGGUAGGUAUGCGGGCAGCUAACCCUCAUCUUAAGGUGCUGUUAGCGAUCGGAGGUUGGAACGAGGGCUCGGAGAAGUACUCCAACAUGGCAGCAGACCCCGAGCGACGCCAGACGUUCGUCACCAAUGCCUUAGCGUUUAUCAAACAAUACGGCUUCGAUGGACUGGACCUGGACUGGGAGUAUCCAACACAGCGCGGUGGCAAACCUGUCGACAGGGAAAACUUUGUGGCGCUGGUGCGCGAACUGAGCCAAGUGUUCCGAAAGAACAAUCUGUUGCUGACGUCCGCGAUUGGCGCCGGCAAGGACACGAUCGAUUCGGCGUACGACGUGAAGACGCUCUCGAAGUACCUGGACUUCCUGCACAUCAUGAGCUACGACUACAACGGCAGCUGGAACGGACGCAUUGGUCCGAACGCGCCCCUGACCAGCCGCGACCUGCUGAAUGUAGAGUACUCGGUCGAGCACCUGCUUGAGCUGGGAGCCCCGGCCAGUAAGCUCGUGCUGGGGUUACCCUUCUAUGGCCGGACGUUCGUCAGUGCGGUUGCCAAAGCGCGCCUCGGUGAUGUGGCGAACGAGAUCGGCUUCCCCGGUCCGGCCACCAAGGAGAACGGUUUCAUCGGCUACAACGAGGUGUGUGAGGAGCUGAAGCGCAAUCCGACCGACUGGAUGCUCUCGUGGGACACAGCCUCGUCCGAGAUGGUGGCUACCAAGUCCAAUGACUCCAUGUCGCAGGUGAUCGUGUACGAUAACACGCGUUCGAUUGCGAACAAGGUGCGCUACGCCGUGCGACAGAAGUUGGCCGGGUUGAUGGUGUGGUCGAUCGAUACGGACGACUUCAACGGACUGUGCGCACCGGAGACCGACACGUACGUCGACUACGGCGACCGGGAGAAGGUGAAACUGGCCAUUCCACCCCCGGUCAGUGGUAAAUAUCCGCUACUGAAGACGAUCAGCAAUGCGAUCGUUGUGGCUCAGGAUGAACUCACGCAGGAGAAUGUCAUUCCAAGCGAGCCGGAUGAGGUACCAACGCCGGGUGGAACGGGCUCUGGACCGUCGGGAGCCGGUUCGAGGCCUGUCGGAUCCGUAUCGGGACCCGUCCUGGGCAUGCUACUGUUUGUAGUUACAGUCGUUCGGUAUAUGUCCUAA